AGUGUGGGCGCACACAGACACAGGCAGAAGGGGGACAGCGCAGUGUGGGCGCACACAGGCAGAAGGGGGACAGCGCAGUGUGGGCGCACACAGGCAGAAGGGGGACAGCGGAGUGUGGGCAGACACAGGCAGAAGGGGGACAGCGCAGUGUGGGCGCACACAGACACAGGCAGAAGGGGGAUAGCGCAGUGUGGGCGCAUAUAGACACAGAGAAGGGGAAACAGCGCAGUGUGGGCGCACAUAGAGAGAGAGAGGAAAACAGCGCAGUGUGGGCGCAGAGAGUGAGAAGAAAACAGAGCGCAGUGUGGGCGCAGAAAGUGAGAGGAAAACAGAGCGCAGAGAAAGAGGAGACGGGGAAGCAGCGUAACGUGUGUAUGGAGAAAGGGCAGGGGAAAAUAGAACGCACCUCAGUGAAAAAAACUAAGCGCAGUGUGUGAGAGGCCAGCGGAAAAUAGAGCGUAGUGUGGAAAGAGAGGGGCCAGAGGAAAACGGUGCAAGGUGUGGGGUCAGCGGAAACUAGAACGUAGAAAGGUACAGAGAGACCCGAGGAAAAGCGUAGAGUGAGGGACGCGGAAAACCGGGGCAGUUAGAACUCAGGGAAGAUAGAGACCCGGGAAAACGGGGCGGACAGUGUAAGUGAUCGGGUUAGAGAGCGCAGUGUGGGCGGAGACAGCCCAGGAAACUAGGGCAGAAAGAGAGACAUCGGGAAACAGGGCGCAGUGCGAGAGGGAAGAGCAAAGAAAGAGAGAGACACACACAGCCAGAGGGAGCGGAGCCACUGCCUGCUUAGCGGGACAACGGGACGGUCCUUUCAUUCAGACAUUUAAACCCGAGCCAGCAUUUGCUUCGAGAAGGUUGUGAAAAUAUAAAUUCCUCUCGCCUUGUGUGUGAAGAUGGUGUUAUUUCUCCACGGGGUUACAAUGCAACUGCAGAGUUACUUGCAGGAUUGAACGGAUAAUUAUUAACUGUCAACUGUUCAUCAGAAAGCUGGUUUUUCUAUUCUGUCCCUGUUGCUGCUCCUCCGGCCACUCCAGUGAAGGCAACGGGGAGCAAGAGACCAUUGUGAGGCCAGGUCCCGGUGGAACAGAAGAGACUGUGCCUUUUGGGAAACUUGCCUAAAAGCAGACCGCACAACUUUAAACUGAAGGAGUUAUUGAGCAGUGACUAUCAAACCAGAAGGCUGCCAGCAUGGAUCAAUACUGCUACUACAAUGAAACCAUUGCCUUUUUUUACAACAACAGUAAAAAACCCCUAGCUCAAGAAUGGAAUGCAAUCAGCAAGCUUGUCAUGGGCCUGGGCAUCACUGUGUGCAUCUUUAUAAUGCUUGCUAACCUGCUGGUUAUGAUAGCCAUUUACGUGAACCGCCGCUUCCAUUUUCCCAUAUAUUAUUUGAUGGCGAAUCUAGCAGCUGCGGACUUCUUUGCUGGCCUGGCCUAUUUUUACCUCAUGUUCAACACGGGACCUAAUACCCGCAGGUUGACUGUUAGCACGUGGCUUCUCCGCCAGGGCCUGAUAGACACCAGCCUCACUGCGUCGGUGGCUAACUUGCUGGCCAUUGCCAUUGAGAGGCACAUCACGGUGUUUCGAAUGCAGCUCCACACCAGGAUGAGUAACCGGCGCGUGGUGGUGGUGAUUGUUGUGAUAUGGACCAUGGCCAUCAUCAUGGGGGCUAUCCCUAGCGUGGGUUGGAAUUGCAUCUGCGACAUCAACAGGUGCUCCACCAUGGCACCGCUCUACAGCAGCUCCUACUUGGUGUUUUGGGCUAUUUUCAAUCUGGUCACCUUCGUUGUCAUGGUGAUCCUGUAUGCCCACAUCUUUGUCUAUGUGCGACAGAGGACUAUGAGAAUGUCUCGUCACAGUUCAGGACCCCGCAGAAAUCGUGAUACCAUGAUGAGCCUGUUGAAGACAGUUGCUAUAGUGCUUGGUGCAUUUAUUAUCUGCUGGACUCCAGGCCUGGUUUUGCUGCUGCUCGAUGUGUUCUGCUCUGACUGCAACGUCCUCACUUACGAGAAGUUCUUCCUGCUGUUGGCCGAGUUCAACUCUGCAAUGAACCCCAUCAUUUAUUCCUACCGCGACAAGGAGAUGAGCGCAACGUUCAAGCAGAUUUUGUGUUGUCAGCGCAAUGAGGGCAGCAACAGCGCGGCCGAAGGCUCGGACCGUUCAGCUUCCUCCCUCAACCACACCAUCCUGAGCGGGAUACACAACGACCAUUCUAUGGUGUAACUGAGGCCGAGAGGAUCACACUGAUCACUGCAAGGCGACCAAGAUGGAGGAGAGACACAGAUGUGAACCAGCUGUGGACAAGUGAAUUAAACACUGAAGUCUAAAUACUAAAUAAGCACCAGCGGCCAAUUCACAAACUAAUAUGAGACGUUGACCAGUAUUCCUGCUUUAGUAGGUCAUAGUGUGAGACAUCUUUCAUAACACCAGUUGAAGUCUUAAGUACUUAUGUUGUAUUAUCUGCCAAACUGUAGAAAUUGUGGCUUAUUAAUAAUAUAAUAAUCUUAUUUUAUUCACCCAUAUCAGCAUGCUUAAGAAGGACUUUUGCAGAACAGGCAGAUGCAACCUUUUAUUGCUUCAUGAUAAUACUCACUGAUUAAGCAAAACUUCUUAUAAGCACCAGAAAGUUAUGAUUGUUCCCUCUGAAGAGACUGUUGGUUGUUCUUCAGGGUAUAUAAACUGUGCAAGUCAUUAGUAAUCUUUGAAAAGUUUGUGCCUUCUCAGUCUCUGUUUUUAAUUUAAAAACAGCAGUUGCUCCCAAGCUGACAUGAUUUGAUUUUUGAUUUCAACAUUCAACCCUCUGCAACCAUGUGUUCUACAGGACAUCUGAGAAAAUGGUACAAUUAACUAUUCUGUAACAGCAAAUGAGGUUUUGUUUUAGAGUAUUCUGGAUUUCAAUCGUUAGGACCUAUUGAAUAAAUAGUUCAUUGUUUCAAGCAAGACUGUCGCGUUAGCUUUUAAAUUGCUGCUAAUUGCACUCUUCACAUUGGUUGCCAUAUUACAGUUGAAACAUAGAGUUACAAAUGGAAAGUGUGUUUUGAAUGUGUAAAUUUGUCAGCAAAAAAAGUGAACUAUUUAUUUAGUAUGGACUGAUGUGUUUUAAAAUGCCAGUGACAAACUUUAUUGCCCUGUUAUUUGAUUUCAGACGCUUGAGCUUGGUGUGCUCCACACGAACAGGUUUCAGUUCUUUGUGAAAUCCAAGUAGGCAAGAUACUUUGUUGAUAUGUCCCGCAAAUUGACAAGACUCGUGCAGACCUGCACUCUGCAUUAUUAUUGCCAAAGGAGAUGUUACUAAGUGUUCCGUGUUACAUUCAAGAUUGUGAAUUCUCCUUUUCAGUUCUACUUCCAUUAUCACAAGUAUAUUUAGUUCAAUGGCUUCAUCAUUCACACACCCCCCCCCCCCCCCCUCUCAGAAGGUGCCUAGUGCCUAUUUGAGUUGGAGAGUUACCUACUUUGGAGUUAGUUUGGAAAUUUGAGCAUUGUAAAAUUCCUAACCGCUAAAAAUAAGGGAUGAUGCAUGAAUAUGGCAUGGCAUGGAAAUCCAGUAACUCUUUUGAUUGUGUUCCUUCGGUUUGUAUUUUGAACCAACCCCACUGUUUGUAGCAGAUGAAUACUGGUGCUGCUCAGUUAAGCAAUUCUUCUUUGCACUCAAAUUAAUAGAUUGAUUGAAAUAAAGAACCAUCCCAAACACUACUACAAUUUUCAAUGGUGGGAUGGGAAGGUUGGAGAACUUGUCGUUUUGUAACCAUUCGAUGUUGGAUGCAAUUCUGCUUGGGGUUUUUUUUGUUUAACAUAAAGGUGCCUUAAUAUUUAAUGCUUUUGACAUGUUGGGUGUCUUGUGCAUUGCCUAUGCAUUACUGGACCAUUACUGCAAUUUGUAAUGUGUAAUGCCUAUAAUUAACUGUGCAUUCUCAUUAAAUGAUGCACCAGGAUUGGAGAUUUUGACCUGUAUUCCUUUCCCAGAUCUUUACUAUUUAGUAAUUUGUUUUGUAUAUUUCAUGGAUUAGGUACAAUUUAUACAAGUUUUAAAUUAGUAUUUUUGACUAGGCAAGGUGUUUUUCAAGAAUAAUUUUCUGUGCCCAAGUUGUCGUUCAGAAUAGUUUCUUUAAAUUAUGCCAGGUUUUGUAUUGAGUUUAACUUCCAAGUAUUACCAUGUUAUCACAAACUAUGUAAUUAUGCUGCGACCUAGUGCACAAGCAGUUCAAAGUAGUAUUUUACAAUCUCUGCACUGGUGGUGUAAAAUAUUAGAACUAAUAGUAAUUACUACAGAAACUAUUCACCACUAUGGAAUAUAACAAUUUAUAAUCCGGUCAUAAUGCAUUGACUUUGUAGCAUUACCUAGUGCUAGUACAUGUUUUACAUAGCUAACUUUUAAAUUUAUAUCAAUAAAUACUACUGGACGUUUAAGUCCUGAUUUUAUAAUAUGUUUAACGUGUUCCCUUUAACUGGGGACUGGCCUGAUCACACCUUUUUUGCAUCCAAGUUAGCUGAAUCUUUUUGUGUUCUGUUGCACCUUAAUCCAGACUUACCCAGAAAAAGCAAGAGAGAUCAAAGUGGGACUGGCUAGGAAUAGAGAGAGUUUGAGAAAUUGAAAAGAUUACACUGUUUGUAGUUGUAAUUAGGCCAAAGAAGCUAAUUAAUUUUCAGGAGGUGCUAAUGCGAACUGGGACUGAUGUGCACUUGGGUCAGAAGACAGUUGAAAUUAUUACUUUGAAGGAUUAUUAAAUGGAAGCUUCAAAUGUGGAUAUUAUAUUCAAAAUACAAAAAUGUACAUUACCAACGGCUAUGAAAUUCCUCCUAUUCCCACUCCACUAGCAUUAUCAGGCAUCCCCCAUUUCUUCAUAUAAAUGGGGUCUCUAUCAAGAAAUGGACAGACUUCCAGAAAAGUAAUGGAAUACAGUGGGACCAGAUCUGAGGAUUUUCACCAAUCAACACACUAACUUUUUUUCUAAUUCUCUAAUUUAACUUGAGACUGUAUUUUCAAAAAGUCAUUUAUGCUGACACAAAAUUGUAUUUCAAAUGCAAUGACAGAUUUCUGGAAAACAAGAUAAGGUCUAUGUAACACUUUGCGCAUUGAAUUCUAUUGGAGGCUUAAAAAAUCUUAUGUGAGCUGUUCAAAGAUCUACGGACCACUUUUGCAGUUAUAUUCUGUAUGUAACCAUUAUGAUGGAAGUAUCAAUAUCUUAACAUGCAAAAUCAAUGGAUUAUCUCAGCAUAAAUUAAUAACAUUUUAUCACUUCCAAUUGAUGUUUCCUUAUGUGAUUUUU